AUGUCCUCCCCGAAGCUAAAGGUUGCGAUCUUGAUCAUCUCCACAACCGCAGCCAAGGAUCCAAGCACAGAUGCUUCUGGGGAUGUACUGAAAGAUGUCCUCGAGCAGGAGGGAGACGGCAAGUGGGAAUUGGUAGACACCAAAAUAGUGUCUGAUGUUGUGGUUCAGAUUCAAAGACAGAUUAUGCUCUGGGCCGACCUCGCUGCUGAGAACAUCAAUCUCAUAUUGACAACAGGAGGCACCGGGUUCGCUGUGGCGGAUCAUACGCCCGAGGCAAUCUCAGCUCUGCUGCACAAGCAAGCGCCUGGGCUUGUUCACGGUAUGCUAGCGGCUUCGUUGAGUGUCACUCCGUUUGCUAUGAUGUCUCGUCCCGUGGCAGGUGUCCGUAAUAAGUCUGUGAUAAUCACCCUACCAGGAUCGCCCAAGGGAGCGAGGGAGAACUUGCAAGCUGUACUCAAAACACUGCCGCAUGCUUGUCUCCAAGCUACGGGGUUGGACUCGAGAAGCCUUCAUGCAGGUGGCGUCAAGAAACUUGAGACCGACGCUGGUAUCCAGUCAACUGGAAAAGCACAGUCUCAGUCUCAGUCUCACAGUCACAGCCACGACCAUACUCACGGACAUGAUCAUGGUCACAGUCAUUCUCACGGGCAAGGCCACGGCCAUGGCCAUGGCCAUGGAGGGCUAGUCAGACAUACAGCCCCCGGAGCUAACCCCAUGUCCAACGACCCCAGUCUGGGUCCUAGCAGGAGAAACCGCGAGUCGCCAUUCCCCAUGCUCAGUGUUGACGACGCUCUCGCCCAGGUCAAAGAGCACACGCCACCUGCGGAGGUUGUCACAGUUAAAGUUGAUAGGUCGCUGCCGGGCUCAGUACUUGCGGAAGAUGUGAAAGCCCGCGCAAACGUGCCUGCAUUUCGUGCUAGUAUAGUGGAUGGCUAUGCCGUGGUUGUACCGAAAGAUGGAAACAUGAAGGGAGUCUUCCCUGUUGUAUCUAUAUCACACGCCGCCCCGGGGAAGGACUUUGAACCCUUGGAAGAGGGCGAAAUUGCCCGAAUCACCACGGGCGCCCCAUUACCCCCUGGCGCCACGUCGGUCAUCAUGGUCGAGGACACAGUCCUCAAGACCAUGACAGAUGACGGAAAAGAGGAGAAAGAGGUGGAGAUUCUUGCCGAAGGUGUCAAGGAGGGCGAGAACGUCCGUGAGGUCGGAAGUGACAUUAAGGCAGAUGCCCAGAUCCUUAGCAAGGGAGAGCAAAUAUCGGCCGUCGGAGGUGAAAUCGGUCUCUUGGCCGCUGUGGGCGUAUCUGAAGUGAAAACCUACCGCAAGCCGCUUGUCGGUGUCCUCUCCACCGGCGACGAGAUUGUAGAGCAUGAUCGGCCGGGAGAGCUUCGCCUCGGGGAGGUGAGAGAUACCAACCGUAUCACUCUCAUGUCCGCGGCGCAGGAACAUGGCUACGAAGUCGUCGAUCUGGGAAUCGCGUCCGACAAGCCCGGAACGCUCGAGGAAACCCUCCGGGGCGCUCUACGCCGGGUCGACCUCGUCAUCACCACGGGCGGCGUCAGCAUGGGUGAACUGGAUCUCCUGAAGCCCACCAUCGAGCGCUCCCUUGGCGGCACGAUCCACUUUGGCCGGGUCGCAAUGAAGCCAGGCAAACCAACUACUUUUGCCACGGUUCCGGUCAAGAACAACUCGGGAGAGCGUGUCAAUAAGGCCGUCUUCUCCCUUCCAGGCAACCCGGCGUCCGCGAUCGUGACGUUCCACUUAUUCGUUUUGCCGUCGCUGCACCAGAUGAGUGGCAUUGAGCCCGCUGGCCUGGCAAAGAUCCCGGUCACGCUGGCGCAUGAUUUCGCACUCGAUAAGAGCAGGCCGGAGUAUCACCGCGCGAUUGUGAGUGUUGGCAAGGACGGCGUUUUGAAGGCGGAAAGUACUGGCGGCCAGAGAAGCAGCAAGGUUGGGAGUCUCAAGGGUGCGAAUGCGCUGUUAUGUAUGCCGCCGGGCAAGGAGCCGCUGAAGAAAGGUGAGAAGGUGGAUGCUCUGAUCAUGAGUGGUAUCAGGAGCAGUACAUAG